GCAUGGUGUCUUGAUAUGGGAGGAAACCGGGUACACAGAGAAAACCCACUUAGUCGGGCAGGACUGAGGUGACCCCCAUUCCUUUUCACUUCCAAUUGGAGAGUCAAACCCCAGUCAUCUUUGUGAAAGUAGUACAAUGGCGCAGUUUGGGGGAACAAAAAACCCACCAUGGGCUAGACAACAGUCAGAAUUUAUUAAUGUUUCAUCAACAAAUACAAUUGCUGCAGCCAACUCUAUCAACCAGAGUCAAGUUGCCAGUGCCAUGCUCCCCCAGUCAGUGGUGGCCAAUCCCACAAUAUACAGUCUCAACAACUCCACACCCAACCUUGGCACCCCCCAGUACACUGCUCCUCAGUACUCAGCCCAGCAGCUGGUCGGCCUCCAGGCACAGCAGCAAGCAGCAGCUCAGGCGGCAAUGCAGCAGCCAUCCAUUUCCUCACCAGCCUCCACAGGACCUGUGAUUCCUCAGCCUGGUAUUGCUAUACCCACCUCACUGGCCACCACCCAGGUUCCUAAUGUUAGCUACCCUGCUCCCAGGGCAGCUCAGCCCCAGGGACCCAAACAGCGAGUCUUCACCGGUACCAUCACCAAACUCCACGAUAACUUUGGCUUUGUGGAUGAAGAUGUAUUCUUCCAGACAAGCUGUGUGAAAGGUGCUCAACCUAAAGUGGGGGACAGAGUCCUUGUGGAAGCCACCUUUAAUGCCAACAUGCCCUUCAAAUGGAAUGCUGUCCGGAUACAAGUACUUCCUAAUCAGGGAUCACAACAAGGAGGGAUGGCUGGUGGUUUUAACAAACCUUCUGGCCCUAUGUCUGUGGCCAAUUCUAUGAUGCAGUCCAUGGCGUCCAACAUGCCACCUUCAGGACCAUUGAAUCAUGUUGGGAACAUGUCUCUCAAUCAGCCCCUUCAGUCUCUGAUGCAGACUAACCAGCCACCUCCAGGUCUGAUGUCGGCUUCAGGUAUGCGAGGCCCCAUUUCCUCAGCAAGGAGGAACGAACCUGCCCGAUUUGAGAGGAACCGUGAGAGGAAGAGGGAGAUGAUGCAGGAGAAGCGUGAGCGACAGGAACGCCUGCAGGUUACAAGGAAACGCUCACGCUCCAGAUCUCCUGUUGCUAAGCGCAAUGAUUCCACACACCAGCGUAGUCCUGCCAGGAGAAGGCCUCGGAUAGUACCGAGAUAUGUUGUGCAGGUCCCAAAAAUCUCAUUUGACAUGAAAUUUGCCAAUGUGAUUUCCUUGAAAUCACGUUACACAAACAUGUAUAUCCCAAGUGACUUUUUCAAUGGCAACUUUGCAUGGACGGACGCUUUUCCCAUUGUGCGACCAUUCCAGCUCGGAAAUCACUGUUCCUUUCACUUGUUCCACAAAGAUGUGGAGAGUGUGGAACCUUCAACUGCUGUACUGGACCCUCCAGAUAGUGACCAUGCAUUUAGUGCCAAGGUGAUGCUCCUAUCCUGUCCCAGCCUCGAGGACCUAUACCACAAGUCAUGUGCCCUAGCUGAGGACUCACCAGAUGCUCAGGAAGGAUUUGUCCAUCCAACUAGACUUCUCAAUUUCCUUGUAGGUCUGAAAGGGAAGAAUGAGACGAUGGCCAUUGGAGGGCCUUGGUCCCCCUCAUUGGAUGGCCCUAACCCAGGGGAAGACCCAGGCGUGCUGAUAAAGACAGCUAUUCGUACCACCAAGGCCCUAACGGGCAUCAACCUGGCUGCCUGCACACAAUGGUAUCGCUUUGUCGAGAUGCAGUACUUGCGGCCAGAGGAGACCCACAAGGGGAAACACGUGGCGGCCAGGGUAGAAACCACCGUCAUUUUCUUUCCCGAUGUGUGGAGCUGUACCCCAACCCGCCUCGAGUGGGCGACUUUGCAGGCCUCCUACAAAAAACAACUUCAGAAGAAGUUGUCAACUGUUUCCAGUUCCGACAAGGACGACAACUCACAGGAAGAAGAAAAUGCAGAGGAAAAUAGUGAACCGACACAUUUUUCAGAACUGGAUCCUAAGACCAUGAAGAUUGUGGACCUAAGAAAAGAGCUUGAAAGUCGCACACUCAGCUCCAAAGGACUGAAGUCUCAACUCAUCGCUCGCCUCACAAAGGCCAUUAAGUCGGAGCAGGAGAAAGAAGAGACACAGGAACACAUGGAAACGGAGGAAGAAGUACCAGAGGACACAAAAAAGUCACAGGAGCCAGAGGAGAAAACUGAAGAGAAGAAGAAAGAGGAGGAAGAGGAAAAGAAGAAGGAGAGAGAGAAAGUUUCAUUGGAGAGGAAGUAUGUCCUUCCUGAUGACCCAGCUAUUGUAGUGCACCCCCACCCCACAGCCAAGAGCGGCAAGUUUGACUGUGCUAUCAUGUCCCUGAGUGUUCUAUUGGAUUACCGACCGGAGGAUAACAAGGAACACUCAUUUGAGGUGUCCAUAUUUGCGGAGCUCUUCAAUGAGAUGUUGAUGCGUGACUUUGGGUUUGAGAUUUACAAAGUACUGGUUAAGGCCCCUGAGAAAAAGGAGGAGGAAAAAAAAGAGAAGAAGAAGGAGGAGGAGAAAAAAGACAAAGACAAAAAGACAGAUGACAAGUCCACCAAGGAUGGAAGUAGCAGCAGCAAGAAGAAAAAGACUGAUGAAAAAGAUCGAAAGGACAGCGAGAAGAAGGACAAGGACAGGAAAAAGGAUGAUGACAAGAAAAGUGAUGGAGACAAAAAAGAAGACAAAGCUGAUGAUAAUGACGGGGAAGAGGAAGGAGAUGAAAAAAAUAAGAAGGAGAAGAAGAAGGAAAAAAAGAAAUUAUUUACUAAGGACAAGGAUGUGCUGCUGGCAUUUACCUACUUUGACCAGAACCACACAGGCUAUCUACUGGACAAAGAUGUAGAGGAAAUCGUCCAUACCAUUGGCCUACAGCUGUCUCGGGCUCAGGUGCGCAAGUUGGUACAAAAAUUGGUGUCGCGGGAUGCUCUUAACUACAGGAAGCUAACAGACCGCCCAGUUCCUGGUCAGGCAGAGAACAAGGAUGAAGCUGAGGAUCAGACUAGGGAACUUAAGGUCAAUGAAAUUGAAAGAUUGGCAGUGGGUACGUACAUGUCUAAAUUGCCCUGGUACCAGCAGUAGAAAUAACUAUAAUUUAUAACAUCUUAUAUCUGUCUCAAAUCAACAAAUAUCUGAUAGAUAAACCCUCAUAACAAAGGACUCUAAAACUGCUGCACCAAUUAAAAUGGUGUUUGGUACUGAGCCCUAAUAACACCA